AUGGCGCUUAACCUUGUUAAACUCCAAACUAUCGAGCAACUAUCACCAUUGGUGCUUCGUGUACUCGGCUGCAAUCCAGGUGCAAUGACACUGCAAGGUACGAAUACAUAUUUAAUCGGAAACGGCCGAAAUCGAAUUCUAUUGGACGCUGGUCAAGGUGUUCCAGAGUAUGUUAAUGUGCUUAAAACUGCCAUGUCAAAAGAUAAUCUCUCGUUACAAGCAAUUCUUAUUACACAUUGGCAUCCCGAUCAUGUCUGUGGAAUUAAAGAUGUUCUCAAAUUAGCAAAUCAACCUGAUCUACCGGUCUAUAAACGUAAACUUAUUGAAAUGCCUGAUGCCACAAAACUUGAAAUUUACGGUAUGCCGAAAAAUCCCGAUGGAAUUGCCAAUUUUACAUUCAUCAACAACGGUAACGACGAAUUCACUAUCGAAACGCAAGGAGCACAUCUCAAAGCAAUUCAUACCCCGGGUCAUUCGACUGAUCAUCUCUGUUUUUGGCUUGAAGAAGAACAAACACUUUUCUCUGGCGAUACAAUUCUGGGUCAAGGCACAACUGAAUUCGAAGAUUUACAUGAUUAUUUAAAUUCUCUCAAACUGAUUUUAAAUCUUUCGCCGAAGAGAAUCUAUCCAGGACAUGGACCUGUCGUUGAAAAUCCUCGAGAAAUAAUUGAAUAUUAUCUGUCUCAUCGUCAGCAACGAAAUGAACAGAUUCUCAGUGCUUUAAAAGAUUCAAGUAAUGGACUCAAUCCAGAAGAGAUAACCAAAGUCGUUUACAAAGAUAUAGCUGAAGCAUUAUUUCCUGCUGCAUGUCACAACGUAUGUAAUCAUUUACAAAUGCUCAAAAAACAAGGUCUUGUUUUAUUUAAUGAUCAAAAUAAUAAAUGGUUUCUACAAGUUACUUCAUCCAUCUAA